AUGGCCAACAUCAAAGCCUACUUCAACAUGGCCAAUGAUGAUAAGCCCCAGGCUGAGUUACUUUUUAGCCAUUGGCAGUUAGUGCUCCAGAGACAGCAGAAGAAUGCCUGUGCUCUGAGCCCUGGAGAGAACAAAUCCCUUUGGUUCUGCUUUCACAGAAUCAUUCCUGGGUUCAUGGGCCAGGGUGUUGCCUUCAUGUGCCACAAUGGCACUGGCUUUAUCCUGAAGCAUGCUGGUCCUGGCAUCUCGUCCGCGGUAAAUGCUGAGUCCAACACAAGUGGUUCCUGGUUUUUCAUCUUGGUCACUAACAUUAAUUGUUUGUUUGGCAAGCCUGUUGCCUUUGGCCAGGUAAAAGAAGGCAUGAAGGUCGUGGAAGUCAUGGAGCAUUUUGGGUCUUGGCUGGACAACAAAAGGAUUUUCAUUUCCCAGAGCAUUGUGGGCUACCCCAUGUUUGUCCUUCGCUUUGUCACAUUGCUUAGUGACAUUCAAGCCACUGACCACUUGGAGGUUUUGGGCACCAGGGCACCGAGGCAAAUGCCCAACCGGAACAAUUGA